AUGUUCUCUCGCCUAGCUGCUCGUCUUCCCUUUAAGGCCAUGGGCCAUGCUGCCCGCCUGCCCAGCCAAACUCGCUUUGCGAGCAAGCUUACUGUCAGUGGCAGCAAGGGAAGGACUAUGCCCGCCACCAACACGCGGACCACGGCGCCUGCGUCUGGCGUAAACGCUACGUUCACCAUCAGGGAUGGUCCCGUGUUCCACGGCAAGGCCUUUGGCGCCAACAUCAACAUCUCCGGCGAGGCUGUCUUCACCACCUCGCUCGUGGGUUACCCCGAGUCCAUGACGGAUCCCUCUUACCGCGGCCAGAUCCUGGUUUUCACCCAGCCCCUCAUUGGCAACUACGGCGUGCCGUCGAAUGAGCGCGACGAGUACAACCUCCUCAAGUACUUCGAGUCGCCCCACAUCCAGUGCGCCGGCAUUGUCGUUGCUGAUGUGGCUGAGAAAUACAGCCACUGGACCGCUGUCGAGAGCCUUGCCGAGUGGUGCGCUCGUGAGGGCAUCCCUGCUAUCACCGGCGUUGACACUCGUGCCAUCGUCACCUACCUGCGCGAGCAGGGUUCCUCGCUGGCCAGAAUCACCAUUGGCGAUGAGUACGAUGCCGACGAAGACGAGGGCUACGUCGACCCCGGUCAGAUCAACCUGGUGAAGCGUGUGAGCACCAAGGCGCCUUUCGUCGUCAACAACCCCAAUGCCCGCUACCACAUCGCUUUGAUUGACUGCGGUGUCAAGGAGAACAUUCUGCGUAGCCUAGUUACCCGCGGCGCUUCCAUCACCGUCUUCCCUUACGACUAUCCCAUCCACAAGGUCGCUGACCACUUCGACGGCGUUUUCAUUUCCAACGGUCCGGGUGACCCGACUCACUGCCAGGAGACUGUGUAUAACCUUGCCCGCCUGAUGGAGACCUCCUCUGCCCCCAUCAUGGGCAUCUGCCUCGGCCACCAGCUGCUGGCUCUGGCCGUCGGUGCGCGCACGAUCAAGUUGAAAUAUGGCAACCGCGCCCACAACAUCCCUGCUCUUGACCUCACCACUGGCCAGUGCCACAUCACGAGCCAGAACCACGGUUAUGCUGUUGAUGCCAGCACUUUGCCUAGCGAGUUCAAGGAGUAUUUCGUCAACCUGAACGAUGGCAGCAACGAGGGCAUGAUCCACAAGACCCGUCCGAUCUUCUCGACUCAAUUUCACCCUGAGGCCAAGGGUGGCCCCAUGGACAGUGCCUACCUCUUUGACAAGUACUUAGAAAAUGUCGAGAUGUACAAGGCCAGCGCCAAGGUUUACCGUGACAACCGGCCGUCGCAGCUGAUGAUCGACAUCCUCAGCAAGGAGCGUGUUGGUGUUGAACCAACUCCCCUGGCGAACUACGCCUAA